AUGUUUCGCUCAGCAAACCUCUCUUCCCCAUCUUCAUCUCCCUAUCGGCGACCAUCUCACACUCGUGACCAGUUGGAAAGUUUGAUCGCCAGACACGGUCGUCCCACUCGCUUCUCGCUGUCGUCCCUUGAGGAAUUGACCGCAACGUGUUCCACAUAUAACCCUCCGUCGCCCCUCCCCCGCUCUCGCUCACCAGUUGUCGGCUUCUCCGAUCCCUUUGAAAAACCCUCAAGCUACCAACCCAGAUCAAGACCUAUCCCAAUACCUAAGUCGCCUUUCAACACACACGAGGAGGACAUUCCUGUCACUCCAUUGACUGGGCGAUUUGAGCGGGACUACUUCCCUCAUCGCGAUCUAUCACCUGAGAGAACCCGAAACGGACGUAUUCGCAGCCGAAAUAGUCGUCGCUACAGCGAUCACCGCUCUCUCAGAAUGCGUCCUGACAGCUCGAACUUUUACACUCCUGUUACUUCACAGUCCAUGUCUUCAUCUAGGCGUCCCGGCUCUCCGCAGCCAGGCUCUCGGGCGCAAAAUGCGGCCAAGUCAGCACCAACUUUCCAUCUCAAUGACCUACCACGGUUUCAUCCUGCCGUUUACCAGUCGCCUGGGAGCUCUCACACGCUGAGCGGACAGCCGCCGUCACCACGCCAGUCUCGACAGAAUGUGUAUCGCCCAGCUCCUAUUUCACGAGACCAGAUCUCGCAGUACCGUGAUUUCGUCGAAGGGGUUGUACUCCAGAAACCGGGGUCGCGUCCGCUGUCUCCUGGUCCAUCCGCCCCACGGUUGAAUCCUCUCAACAGCCCAGGGCCUGUCACACCGUUGGCCCUGGAAGAAGCGGGUGGUUAUCUGUCUGCAGGCGCCAAUAGGUCUGAGCUGUCUUCACGAGAUUUCCAGCAUUCGGCACCCGCGCCAGAUCUAUUAGACCGCCUGAUCGCCCGCGAAAACGAAAAAACUAGACAAAAGGCAAGGAAGACCUCUAAAGGGUGGUGA